CAUCUCGCUCUCUGACUUCCUGUUUAGGCAGAGGCCAUGGACUUCUCUCACCAAUUUUGAUGGCCAAUUGCUUCAUAUAUUGACUAGAUUGUGAAAUUAUGGAAUACCCCUUAUUUCUUGUGCUGAAUUGGGAGCGGGUUUUGCAAUGGAAGUUAGAAAACUGAAUUUUUUUGGGUUUUUUUUUGUUGUCGUGUUGUUCUUUCCUGCGGUUGAUUUUCAGUGUUAUGAUUUUUAUUUGAUGCCUCUGCGUUUUGAUUUUGUUAAGGAAUUUGCUUUCCGUUCAAUAUUUAGAAAUGCCUAGAGAUUUUCCGUUUGAUAGUUAAAAAUGCCUCUGGAUUGUACUAGAAUUUUUGGAGUUUUGAUCAUGAUUUGCAUGUGUUAGACGCUAAAGCUUCUUGUUUUAGGUGUGGGGUUUUGGGCUUUCUCCAGCCAAUUAUGAGGUUAUUUUACAUUGUUUUAAAACACAAUUCGAUCUUGGAUUUACGUAUGUGAAUAUGAGAUUUGCGGUGAUGCACGCUGGCUUUUCCCUGAUGAAAUUGUUACCUCAAAUGCUCAUGAUAUUAUUUCUGCCAAAGUUGUAUGUGGAAUUUUUAUGAUUAAUGCACUUGCGAGUGCUUGUGAAUCUGCUUAGAAAUAUAUGGAAAAUAUCAACGCUAAUAUCUUAGCUUGUUGGAUAUCUGGCUGUUGUGUUUCAGGAGAUAUACAUUCAAUCCCUAGGGAAAGUUAAGGGCCUUAGAUAAUUCAUGCGUUAGUUUCACAAAUCACAAUGUAUAUAUCUGUGUGAAGCUCUAUGUAUUAGACUGUUGCUUUCUGUACUUGAUCAGGAAGAUGGGUUAGCAGUAUUAUGUUAGCUUUGAACUAAAAUAUCUGUGUUUCUGUCAGUUGGAUGUGAAUUUUGUAGCGGGCUGACACUAUAAAUUUACUUAACAUGGGAUUUUAUAAAAUUUUCCAAGUGGAGUUAAGGGUUUUAAACAAUACAUGGAAAUUUAAUAGCCAAUUUUGCUUGGAUUGAAACUCUCUUUUGUUGUAUUUUGAUUUAGAAGAUUGCCUACGUAGUGUUCGUCUCAAUGUAAUUCUGUGAAUUGACAUUGGAUUUGAAUCCAGAAAAGAUGUAAAUACUUGAACUCUUGGAUUUGAUAGCCCUAUGCAAAUACUUUCAUCAGCACAGCAACAAAUUUACGGGCGAAGGAUCAUUUGGGACUAGGUGAAACAGUGAUUAGUAUGUCUGAACUGAUUGAAGGUCUUCCAGAUGCCAUUGCUAUCAGGUGCAUUGCACGAGUUCCCUUCUACCUCCAUCCCAAGUUAGAGCUUGUUUCUCAUUCAUGGCGGGCUGCUAUAUUUAGUCCUGAGCUGUUUAAAGCCCGACAAGAGGUUGGUUCAGCAGAGGAUCUGCUAUGUGUGUGUGCUUUUGAUCCUGAGAAUCUGUGGCAGCUUUAUGAUCCUCUUCGAGACCUUUGGAUUACUCUUCCAGUUCUGCCCUCAAAAAUCAGGCACCUUUCCCAUUUUGGUGUUGUGUCUACUGCUGGAAAAUUGUAUGUGCUUGGCGGCGGAAGUGAUGCUGUAGACCCAUUGACCGGUGACCAGGAUGGAAGCUUUGCAACCAAUGAGGUGUGGUCAUAUGACCUUGUGUUACGCCUGUGGACUCCACGUGCGUCCAUGCAUGUGCCCCGUGCAAUGUUUGCAUGCUGUGUUUUGAAAGGAAAGAUAAUUGUUGCAGGUGGUUUCACUAGCUGCCGAAAAUCAAUAUCUCAAGCGGAAAUGUAUGAUCCAGAGAAAGAUGUGUGGAUCCCAAUACUGGAUCUCAAUCGCAGUCACAAUUCAGCAUGCUCUGGAGUAGUUAUUGGGGGAAAGAUGCACGUUUUGCACAAGGGGUUAUCAACAGUGCAAGUAUUGGACAAUGUAGAGUCUGGAUGGACAGUUGAGGAUUAUGGUUGGCUCCAAGGUCCAAUGGCAGUUGUUCACGGGGCGUUGUAUGUGAUGAGCCAUGGACUAAUUUGCAAGCAGGAAGGGAAAAUGAGGAAAGUAGUGGUUUCAGCAUCCGAAUUCCGGAGAAGGAUUGGAUUUGCAAUGACUGGGCUGGGAGAUGACAUAUAUGUGAUAGGUGGGGUGAUUGGUCCUGACCGAUGGAAUUGGGAUAUCAAGCCAAUGUCUGAUGUUGAUGUCUUGACAGUUGGGGGUGAGAGACCAACUUGGCGACAGGCCGCUCCGAUGACAAGGUGCCGUGGUGCAAUUCUUGGAUGUACGCAGCUGAGAAUAUAGAUCUCCAUUUGUUUAAAUUUGUUUUUUUAUUUUGUGAAAAUUAUGCUCUUGUCAAGGCAUUGGUUUCCCUCCUAUUUUUGGAGACAAGGAAUGUAAAUUUUUCUCUUUGGCUUCUGAGCCUUCAUCCUUUGAUUUCUGUGGAACUGGUGGAUGUUAGGGGUUUUGAGUUGAGAAACUUCCUUCUUGAGCUUAA